AUGUCGUCGACUUCCCCUGCCGCGCCACACCAUCCUGACGCGGCCGAACUGGCCGAACGCUUCACUGCCUUUGACUACUUGGUCUUCGCGGGCAUGCUCUUGCUUUCUGCGGCGAUUGGCAUUUUCUACGCUUUCAGGGGAGUCUACAAAAGUGCCACCGACUUCAUGAUGGGCGGCCGCAACCUGACAUUUGGGCCCGUUUCGUUGUCCCUCACCGCCAGCUUCAUGUCGGCCGUAACAGUGCUGGGAACCCCAGCCGAGAUCUACCGCUUUGGGAUCUCCUUUGGUCUCUUCGCGUUCGCGUAUAUCUUCAUGGUGGUGAUCAGCGCUGAAGUGUUCGUGCCCGUGUACUACCGACUGGGCAUCACGAGCACUUACGAGUAUUUGGAGCUUCGAUAUAACAGACACAUGCGUUUGAUUGGAACAGUGAUGUUUAUGGCACUAACGAUAUUAUAUACUGGAAUUGUUAUAUAUUCUCCAUCACUUGCUUUGAAUCAAGUUACAGGAUUUCAGUUAUGGGGAUCUGUCCUUGCAACAGGAAUAGUCUGUACAUUCUACUGUACGUUGGGUGGCCUAAAGGCAGUAGUCUGGACAGAUGUUUUCCAGUUUGUACUGAUGAUAAGUGGGUUUAUAGCUGUGAUUGCACGAACUGUGGUAAUUAAAGGAGGAUUUGGUCCUAUUAUAGAUGAUGCUCGCCAUGGAGGGAGACUACAUAUGUGGGACCUUAAUCCAAGCCCUCUACAAAGGCAUACAGUCUGGACAGUCAUUAUUGGUGGCACUUUCACUUGGCUUGGUAUAUAUGGAGUAAAUCAGUCUCAAGUUCAGCGAUACCUUGCUUGCAAAUCACUACUUCAUGCAAAACUCUCUCUUUAUAUGAAUCUUGUGGGACUUUGGAUAACUCUUUCUUCUGCAGUGAUGUGUGGACUCUCAAUGUAUUCUGUGUACAAGAACUGUGACCCAUGGACAUCCAAAUAUGUGUUGGCACCAGAUCAGCUCAUGCCAUAUUUGGUACUAGAUAUUUUGGGAGAUUUUCCAGGAAUUCCAGGACUUUUUGUGGCUGGGACCUACAGUGGGACAUUAAGCACAGUCUCCUCCAGCAUUAAUGCAUUAGCUGCUGUAACUGUAGAAGAUUUUAUUAAACCUAAUUUUGAAGUUACUGAAUCAAGAUUGUCAUGGAUUUCCAUGGGAAUGAAUCUAUUGUUUGGUGCAGUAUGCCUUUUCAUGGCUGCAGUGGCAUCUGUUAUGGGUGCUUUAUUACAGGCUGCACUCAGUGUAUUUGGAAUCAUUGGUGGACCUCUUUUAGGAAUAUUUUCCUUGGGCAUCCUUUUGCCUUUUGCAAAUGCUAAAGGUGCAUUUUCAGGUCUUCUUUGUGGAUUUUUUUGUGUAAUGUGGAUUGGAAUUGGUUCUCAGAAGUACCCUCCCCCUCCUCACAGAACAUUACCAUUACCUCUUUCAACUGAAGGUUGUUUAAGACCCAACGUCACUAUACCUACAGAAGUCACUACUACUAUGCUUCCUCCAAGAUCACCCAUUCAAGACUACUGGUACUCAUUGUCCUAUUUGUACUUCAGCAUGUUAGGAACCUUGAUCACCUUUAUUGUGGGAUCAGUUAUAAGCAUACUAACAGGAGGAUUAAACCAAGAGGUGGACCGCAGACUUCUGUUUGGCAAAGAGGACUUUAUGGACAACUUUAUGAAAUUAAAAGCCAAGUGUACAAUGCUGUAUGAAACGGAUCAUCCAACACAGAAAGUGGAACCUGAAUAA